UUCUGAUGUGGAUUUGUUAGUCAGCAGAAGAGAAGGACCUAUUGGAGAAUCACAGUCUAUCAUAAGGGUUAAUGAUCACCUGCUCCCUUUAAAUAAGAACUCUGAGACGUGUGCUCUCUCAGUGGUGAGGUUGUAGUCUGACGGUGAGGGUGGAGCUGAAACUAAUCAGGGGUUUGCUGAUUUGAUCGCUUUCUGCCUUCAGAGGACCUUACUGAGGGGCAGUCAUGCGUCUGAUAGGGUCCGCUGUCCUUUUCUCUGUUCUGCUGCAGGCUGUGUCUGCUCAAACAGAGGACUGGCAGACAGCCACGUCUAUUUAUGACUUUUCAGCAACGGAUAUUGAUGGCAACGUGGUGUCCCUUGAAAAAUACAGGGGCAAUGUUGUCAUCAUCACCAAUGUUGCCUCUAAAUGAGGUAAAACCCCGGUGAACUACUCUCAGUUUGCGGAAAUGCACGCCAAGUACGCUGAGAGAGGUUUACGCAUCCUUGCCUUCCCUUCCAACCAGUUUGCAAACCAGGAACCAGGCACUGACGCUCAGAUCAAGCAGUUUGCCAGCUCCUACAACGCUCAGUUCGAGAUGUUCAGUAAGAUCGAUGUGAACGGAGCCAACGCCCACCCCCUGUGGAAGUGGCUCAAAGAGCAGCCCAAUGGCAGAGGCUUCCUGGGCAAUAGUAUCAAGUGGAAUUUCACCAAGUUUUUGAUCAACAGAGAGGGUCAGGUGAUGAAGAGAUAUGGACCCAUGGAUGAUCCCAGUGUGGUAGAGAAGGAUCUUCCCCAAUACUUGGAUGUUGAAUAAAGAACUGAUACCUCACUAACAUAAUAAUUCACCCUUCAUGUCCAACACCAUUCACCGGCCUCCUCUCUCUGCCUCUCCAAGCACCAGUGGAUAGAGUUUGUUUCCACCCCAGAUCAGUGACGGUCUGCUCAUAAACCCGCGUGGCGGACAGAGCAGACCUGAUGAAAAAUGGCGUGCAAACCUCCUGGGAGGAGCAAGCUUGCAUUUAUUUGGUUCUCUGGAGAGAACGAGGAAGGAGCCAUUAAAGCAUCUUAUAGAA